ACAUACAUUUGAUGAAUACCGUAUUUCAGUUGGGGAACAUACAUUUUCUGAAAAUUUACUGCAAAUUCAUUCACACAGUCUAAAUUCAGUACUCCUUAGAUAUCAAAAUAUUGGAUCUGAAAGAUAUUUUACAAACCCAAGCGCUUUAUCCAAAUAGUAAUACAAUUUAAAAAGCGGAAGAUAUUAAAGAUGCACAAAUUGUACAGUCAGUGUACUUGUAUUCCAAGUUCUUUGGAUUGAAUCUGCACCUCUUACGUUUGGAAAAUUUGAUCUGCGUACUUUGAGUAGUUGGAAAAGAAACUGAAGUGUCGUAUAUUCAAAUGAAUUCUGAAGAAAUUCGGGCCCACUGUAUCCCGGUUCCCGAAAUCGUGUUUGCUUUAACAUUGCCUGCAAAUGAUAGGAAGUCCUAAAUAGGUAGAUGGAGAUUAAUAAGGCCUGAUACGAACUAUGUAAACUGUUUGCCAGAUCUUCUCUCAGACAGGAAAAGCUUUCAUGGCUUUGAAAACUCAUUCUAGACGCUAUGUAUGGUCUGGGCAUUGUGUAGUUGUGUCUCUAGUAUUGACGUGCUCUUGUUUUAUACUUACCUGGAUAGUUCUAACCUCGACAAAGAACAGAAGUAAUGGAGGCACUUUGACAGUUCACAAGUUAAUAGUAAGGAAAACUUUGGCACCUAGUUGCAGGCAGACAAAGUCAAAGACUCAUCUGAACUUGGAGAAGAGAAGUCGACACGACGAGGAGAAUGAGGCAGACAAUGAACAUGUAUUCCAUAACCAAGCAAUCUUUCUUCAAGACUAUAAGGAGAUGAUGAAGAAAUUAAAAAUUUAUGUCUACCCACACAAAGCAGACGACAAUUUUGCAAAUAUUUUUCUACCAGUCAAUUUCAAGCCAAGUGGAAAUUAUGCUAGUGAAAGCUACUUUAAGAAGGCACUAAUGCAAAGUAGCUUUAUCACAAAUGAUCCCACAGAAGCUGAUCUCUUUUUUCUGCCAUUCUCUAUUGCAAGGUUGAGGCAUGAUCCAAGAGUCAAUGUUGGUGGGAUUCAAGAUUUUAUCAUGGCAUAUGUUUUUAACAUCAGUCAAAAGUAUCCAUAUUGGAACAGAACUAAUGGUGCUGACCAUUUCUACGUUGCUUGUCAUUCAGCGGGCAGGACAGCAAUGGAAAAAGCAGAAGAAGUCAAGUUGAAUGCAAUUCAAGUAGUGUGUUCUUCAAGCUACUUCCUUUCAGGUUAUGUAGCACACAAGGAUGUUUCACUACCUCAAAUCUGGCCGAGACAAGGAAAUUUCAAUGGUCCUACCUCUUUGGAAAGAAGUACGUUGGCUUUCUUUGCAGGGGCAGUUAAUUCCCCUGUUCGUGCUAAACUGAUAGAGGCAUGGAAAAAUGAUUCAGAGAUUUCUGUACAUUUUGGAAGGCUCUCUACCCCAUACUCUGAAGCUCUACUGAAAAGCAAAUUUUGCCUUCAUGUCAAAGGAUUUGAAGUGAAUACAGCAAGAAUAGGAGAUGCUCUCUAUUAUGGGUGUGUACCGAUUAUUAUUGCAAAUCAUUAUGAUCUUCCAUUCAAUGAUGUCCUCAACUGGAAAUCAUUUUCUCUUGUUGUUCCAACUCUUGACAUUCCAUUGUUGAAGGAUGUACUUCAUAACAUAAGCAUAAAACAGUAUCAAAACUUAAAGGAGAAUGCACUUAAUGUUAGGAAACAUUUCCAGUGGCACAUGCCUCCUCUAGACUAUGAUGCAUUUAAUAUGGUGAUGUAUGAAUUGUGGUUGAGGUGUCAUGUGUUAAGAAUCCCUCUUUGACAAAAUCUUUGGAAAUGAUCAGUUUGUGUGCAUGGAGACAUCAUUGAAAGGCAAUCCAUUUCUGUUAACCAAUGGCUUGAUUAGCCAACUGCAUGUCUCUUCAUCUUUGAGGCCAAUAAUCAGUUUGAGCAAGUGAACUCAUCAUCCAGGCUGAUAGUAAUUUGAGCAACCGAGUUCACUAGCACAUUAAUAGGUUUUGAAAUUGAGUUGUCUUUUGACUAGUUUAUGGAUCUAUAAUUUCUGGUCUGCUUGAUUCCUAUUGAAUUGUACACGGUACAAACUCCAUCUGCUGUAAUCAAUUUCUAGAUUUGGACAAGAGAGUACAUGCCUUUUGUUUCUAAAGUCAGAAUUAAUGUACAGUAUCUUGACAGUGAAGAAAGGAAGAGCCUUGCUUUC